UUUGUGAAGCCAACUUGAAGCUUCGCGAUGAAACUGUUUAUUGCUCUAUCCGUGCUGGUGGCUGCGGCCUCAGCCCUUCCUCAAUUUGGCCACGGUGGUGGCAGCGCUAACGCCAACGCCAAUGCCAACGCCAACGCAUACGGCGGCGGCCAUGGCGGCGGAUUAGGAGGUGGAUACCGUCCCGGGUUCGGCGGUGGAAUAGGUGGCGGCCCAGGAUUUGGCCAUGGUGGACAUGGUGGAUUUGGAGGCGGAGGAUUGGGCGGAUACGGCGGCGGACUUGGCGGACACGGCGGCGGAUUUGGUGGACACGGCGGUGGAUUGGGCGGCUACGGCGGCGGACUAGGCGGCCACGGCGGCGGAUUUGGUGGCCGACCUUACGGUGGAUUCCGUGGCGGUGGCGGUGGUGGUGGCGGGUCAGCCUCAGCUAGCUCGUCAGCUAGCGCCAGUGGCGGCGGCGGUGGUCAUUUUGGUUAAGCCUGCCAAGAAGAAAUUCAAGCUUUUGAAACAAUUGAAAAUACAACGAAUGUGAAUAAAAAAAG